UUAUUUUUAUUGGAAAUAUAAAACCCCAAAUUGAAGCAACGAAUCCUGUAUCACUGUCUCCAGAAACAGAGAUUCCAGUGAACUCUCUCAACUUCUACUUCGCAACUCCGACCUUCAACAAUGGCGGAUUCUAACCCUACUUAUUCCCAGAAAAGUUCCUCCACUAAUUCAUCUUCAACUACAGAAAAAGCGCCGAAAAAACCCUCCGAACCCCCAAUUUCGUCGCUAAUUAAAGCUUAUUGGAUUCCCGCGACGCUUUUCAUUCUCUUCUUCGUCUUUCAAAUCUUCUUUCUUCCUACCGCUUUCCCUCCUUCUCAUUACGAAGUUCUUGGAAUCAGUAGAGUUAGUUCGAUUGAAGAAGUGAAAGAGGCUUAUGAUAAUAUAGUUUCCAACUGGAAAUCAGGUGCCAAAGCCCCCUCAACUAAUGAUUUUAUCAAGAUUCGAUAUGCUUAUGAGUUGCUUACUGAUCCAUUAUGGAAAAGAGACUAUGACCUAUUUGGUAUUGAUGAGCAUCAACAUGUUCUGGAAAACAUUUUGCAGCUGAAUUCUAAUAAGGUGUACUCCUCAGUGAACCUUCCUUUACUUGUUGGUUCCACAGACUCUCAUGAUAUUGAUUUUGAAUCCAUUACUUCUGGAGAUAUCCAGUCAAUUGUAGGGGGUCAGAGGCCUUGGUUAAUUCUGGUAUAUUCAAACGGGAGCAAUUUAUGCAAACAAUUUUCAAGCAAAUGGAAGAAAAUUGCUACUUUGCUGGGUGAGAUUAUUGAUACUGGUGUAGUGGAGCUCGGGAAUAUCAAACUUGCCUCUCAACUUGCAGAGAAGAAAGCAACAGGGCAACUUUUCUUCCGAAAUGGUCUUCCUUCUCUGAUUGCAUUUCCUCAAGGGUGUAAAAGUUCCAGCUGUCUUAUUAGGUAUGAAGGAGAUAUUUCGGUUGAUGCAGUUACAGAUUGGUUUGCAGUAAUGAUACUGAAGUUACCUCGCAUUCCUUAUUAUACCAAGGACACAUUGGGACCAAGAUUUCUGGCUAAGAGUAGUUAUAAUAAGGUAAAAGUCAUGUUCUUCUCGGACACAGGAAUGCGUGCAACACCAUUCAUGCGUCAAACUGCCAGGAAUUAUCAGGAUUAUGCUUCCUUUGCAUGUGUUCUUUGGAGGGAAGAUGAAUUUUCCUAUUGGUCAUCUAUAUAUGAUGUGGAAUCAGCUCCGGCCACUGUCUUUUUGAGGGAUCCGGGCGCCAAACCUUUGGUGUUUUAUGGGGCUGUAAACAGUUCAUGGUUUGUGGAUGUAAUGGAAGAUAAUAAACUGCACGAACUUCCACAGUUGAGGACCAUGACAUCAGUGGAGUUGGGUUGCGAUUCACGUGGCUAUUCCCGAGCAGGGGCAAGUACUACGAUUUGGUAUUGUGUAGUCGUUAUUGGAAGGCCAAGCCCAGAAAUGAAUGAAAUGCGUGAGGUUCUGCGCAGGGCCCAACAAAGUUUAUCAGAAAAGAGCUAUCAGGAUGCACCCCAUUCCAAUGAGUUGGCAGCACAUGCAGCAAUUGCACUUAAAGAGAAGCGAUUAACUUUAACUUGGAUGGAUGGAGAGGUACAAAAGAAUUUGUGCAUGUUCUACAUUGGUGGUGAGCUUAGCUUGGAAUGUUGUGGUCCAAGAAGAGGCAUUGAAGAUGCUCCACAGGUGGUUAUGGUGCGUUACAUGAGAAAUGAUUCCGUUGAAGAUCCUAAGGAUAAAAGAUCCCCCUCAAGUUUACUGGACAGUCUUAAAGAUGAUGUAGAUCCUGUGUCUCAACUGGUAGCACGAUACAAUGGCUCCGCUGAGCCUUUACAGAUUAUUGAAUGGAUUUCAAAGAAUAUCAAAGAUGGUGACUCAGCAAAACUUCCUUUCUAUAGAACAAACACACCUGAGCUUGUUCCCGAGAACUCUGAUCCCCUUUGGUUCGUUAGUGGUGAAAAAUUUCUUUCCACUAGGAAUGGAAUGAAACAUAAACUUGGAAGAGUCAUAGCUUGGUUUCGUGAUCUUUCUGGUGAUCCAAGGAUUGGUCCAUUGUUACUUCUUGGAGCAUUAUUGUCAUUUGGUGGAAUAUGGCUCCAUCGCAGUCAGCCAACUCCUUCAAGUGACUCUAGUCAGCGGCAAGAAACCAAUACCAAGAAAAAGAUCCCUAAGGAGUGGAGAAAUCGGAGAAGGAACAGUGUAACCGGAGAAAUUCCUCCUUCAAUAACUGACGUUGAACCGAAAGAUGCUUAUCAAAUGGAAUUUUCAGAUUCAGACUCUGAAGAUAAUCACAAUAAUUAGCACCAA